AUGUCAGAUCAUGAUUUAUUAUAUGCUGUCGAGCAAAAAGAUAUUGCAAAGGAGUCGCCGCUCCACUAUGCCGUGCGUCUCGGUCGUGACGAUCUUGUGGCGGUGCUGCUCAAGGCUGGUGCCGACGUCAGCAUCGUCGGUGCACACAAGAACGAGAAGAAGACUCCACACGAGCUGGCCGUGAGCGAAGGUCACAAAGAGAUGGCUGCACGUAUCAAAAAGUACGAAGAUCUCUUUGCCUGGCUCGUCGAAAACGGUAUCGAACAAUACAAAAUGGCAUUUGUACAGGAGGAGAUGUUUAUCGAUGUUCUCGGUGACAUGAACGAGUCCAUCUUGGACAAGAUGAAAAUUACAGCUGCCGGUCAUCGUCUAAAGAUUCUAAAGGCAACAGCAUUAUUAAAAGAACAACAUCCAGAUACUCCACCACCUUCAACACCAACAACAUCAACUACGACAACGUUGAGUCACACUCAUCUCUUUGAUGACGAUCCAGACUUUGCAAAUGAUAACACAGACUACAGUGGACUGAGAGAUUCACUUCAUCAAUUGAAACACAUUACCGAUAUCAAUAUUAUAUCGGACGGUGAAAUUGAAUAUACAGAGAAGCUCGGAGCAGGUAGCUCCGGUAAGGUCUAUAAAGGUUUAUACAAAGGAAAAGAAGUUGCUAUCAAAGUUCUAAAAUCGAUGACAGAGGACAAAGAAAUUCAAGAAUUCAAAAAGGAAUUCCAAAUUAUGAGUGCUAUAAGAUCAAAACAUGUUGUACAUUUUUAUGGUGCAGUAUUGGAACCAAAACCAUGUAUGGUUAUGGAGAACUGUUCGAAUGGUAGUCUGUAUCAUGUUAUGAAUAAUGAAAAGUUGGAUAUUAGAUGGGAGAAAACAUUUAGAUUUGCUUUGGAGACUGCUAGAGGUUUAGAUUGCCUUCAUAGUUGGAAUCCACAGAUUGUCCACAGAGAUUUAAAGUCACUAAAUUUAUUGGUUAAUGAUAAAUGGGAGAUUAAAGUUUGUGAUUUCGGUUUGAGUAGAUUCAACACUGGUAGUAAUAUGGAAACACUGGCAAAGAUGAGAGGUACAAUGGCAUACUGUGCACCAGAGAUCUAUUUUGGAGAACAAUUUUCAAUUAAAUCAGAUGUCUAUUCGAUCGGUAUGAUUCUUUGGGAGUUGGUAACAAGAUGUGUUCAUGGGCGAUAUGAAAGACCUUUUUCUGAAUACACAAAUCUACAACAUGACUUCCAGAUUAUUAUUCAAACAUCAAAGAAAGCUUUGAGACCAACCAUUCCAGCGGAAUGUCCACCUAAAUUUGCCCAGCUGAUCAGAGAGUGUUGGGAUGCUGCUUUUGAAAAGAGACCAAAUUGUGGCGAGAUUAUUAAGAGAUUGGAGUCAUUGGAAGCUGAGUUUUUAGCAAAUCAAGAUCAGUGGAACAAAUGUAUAAACCCACUCCCUGCAAACAAUGAUUAA